AUGGAGGGGAGCAAUCACACAGUUACUGAGUUCAUUCUGUUGGGAUUCACAUCUGAUCCUGUCAUGCAGCUGGUACUAUUUGUAAUGUUUCUCAUCAUGUACACAUUGACUGUGUUAGGAAACACAACCCUCAUCCUAUUGAUCUGCAAUGACUCUCAGCUCCACACACCCAUGUACUUCUUCAUUGGAAAUUUGUCAUUUCUGGAUCUUUGGUUGUCCAGUGUCUACACACCAAAGAUCUUAGUGACCUGCAUCUCUGAAGACAAGAGUAUCUCCUUUGCUGGCUGUGUGGCUCAGUUCUUCUUCUCUGCUGGACUGGACUUUAGUGAGUGUUACCUGCUGGCUGCCAUGGCCUAUGAUCGCUACACGGCUAUCUCAAAACCAUUGCUUUAUUCUCAGGCCAUGUCUAUAAAACUGUGUGUAUUUUUUGUAGCAGCAUCAUAUACAGGUGGUUUUAUUAACUCUUCCAUUAUCACUAAAAAGACUUUUACCUUUGACUUCUGUGGUGACAACAUCAUUGAUGACUUUUUCUGUGACUUGCUUCCUUUGGUGAAACUGGCUUGUGGUGGGAAAGAGGGCUACCAAGCCCUGAUGUACUUCCUCUUGACCUCCAAUGUCAUGACACCCAUUGCCCUCAUCUUGGCCUCCUACCUCUUCAUCAUCGCCACCAUCCUGAGGAUCCGCUCUACCCAGGGCCGCCUCAAGGCCUUCUCCACCUGCUCUUCACACAUCAUCUCUGUGACCUUGUACUAUGGAUCCAUUCUCUACAUCUACUCUCGCCCUAGAACAAGCUAUGCAUUAGAUACAGACAAAAUUGUUUCAACAUUUUACACAGUGGUGUUUCCCAUGUUGAACCCCUUGAUAUACAGUCUGAGGAAUAAGGAUGUAAAAGAAGCUCUAAAUAAAAUCUUCAAGUAA